AUGGUCUACACAAAGCAUGCUGUUGCGCUUGCUGGACUUUCAUGGGCAUUGAGCGCGGGCGCACAAUCUCUGGGCAGUCUCUCGACGAACUGUGAAGCUGCAGCCUCCGGACUCAUCUCGGGCGACUUUGCCUCCUGUAGCAAUAUCCUCGGAUUGCUGACGAUCGCCACCGGCAGCAGCUCAGCUUCCAUCGUUACACCCCUACAGGGCUACCUGACGACGCUCUGCGCAGACCCUGCUUGUUCGUCCGCCACCAUCACUGCCGCCGCCUCGUCCAUUGCAUCUGGCUGCUCGACCGAUCUGGCUUCAGGCUCAGAGACGGCGCAAUUGCUCUACGCCGUCGUCAACAACUUCAACUCGAUCAGGGACGUCGGCUGCGUCAAGGAGACUGCCAAUAACACAUACUGCCUCACACAGGUCUUGAGCGACGUUCAGACUGCGCAGGGUAGCAAUGUCACGAUCAGCACACUCGAAAGCUUGCUCACGUCUGGCAAUGGCAUCUCCUCAAUUCCAUCGUCAGCACUGUGCACAAACUGUGGCAAGGCAAUCUACAUCGUCGGCGCACCCCUGCUAGCUGCCAAUGGCACGCUCAGCAACUCGACGAUCACCUCUUCUGUCAGCUCAGAGUGCGGCGCGGACUUUGUCAAUGGCGUCUUUCCAAGCGGCAUCGAGAACGGAACAUCUACCUCAAGCUCGACGACGUCAUCCGCUAGCCCGAGCGGCACUUCAGGUUCCAGCUCAAGCUCGACGUCCGCCGCCUCUGGUCUAUUCGCAAGCUCGAGGUCAAUCGUUGCGAUGUGCGGACUGAUGCUCGCAGGCGCGCUUGCGCUGAUCGCAUAG